UCACAUAUAAUCCUCACCAAGAACCGCCAAACAGUCUCAUAAAAUCGAAGACCAAAUUGGCACGAACGAAGGCUUCGACACAGCGCUUGAAUUGGAAAAGUGUUUUUUUAUUAUUAACCAACAGAUCUAUGGCCCACGCUGUUACUUUCACUGUUGUGUCAGACAUUUUGUCUUCUGUAAAAUCUGCCUUCUUUUUCAACGGAAAAUGGAAGACAUUUACUUUUUCCCUGACGUUAGAAUGUGUAACGUUAUGUCUAUUCUUCGUGUGUGGUGCGUCUGCUGUUGAUCCAGACAGAGCAUCAGUGUCAGCGAUGGAGGGAGAUACAGUGACGUUACACACUGGUGUUGAAAUGAAUCAAACAGACAGAAUGACGUGUUAUUUUGGAGUGAAUCGCAUCGCUGAAAUCACUGGAGAUCAGAGUAAGAUCUGUGCAGAUGCUGUGUGUAAAGAGAGAUUCAGAGACAGACUGAAGCUGGAUCAUCAGACUGGAUCUCUGACCAUCAUGAACACCAGAACCACAGACUCUGGAGAAUAUAAUCUGAAGAUCACCAGCCGCAACAUCAACAAUAUAUUUAAUGUUACUGUACAUGGUGUUCCUGCUGCUGAACGAGAUGAAAUGAAGAGAAAGUCAGUGAAGGAGGGAGAAUCUAUCACUUUAGACACUCGUGUAAUAAAAAAACCAACUGAUCUGAUGAGAUGGUAUUUUAAUGACUCUCUCAUCGCUGAAAUCACUGGAGAUCAGAGUAAGAUCUGUUCAGAUGUUCAGUGUAAAGAGAGAUUCAGAGACAGACUGGAGGUGAAUCAGACUGGAUCUCUGACCAUCACAAACACCAGAACCACAGACUCUGGAGAAUAUAAACUACAGAUCAUCAGCAGCAGAUUCAGCAUCAUGAGGAGCUUCACUCUUACUGUCUCUGAUUCAGGAUCAUCUUCAGUUGUGGUUAUUGUUGUUGUUGUUCUUCUUCUUCUUCUUCUGCUCGUUCCUGUUGUGGUUUACUUCAAGUGGCAAUCAAUAACGCAAUGUACAGGUAUCAGGAGGCAGCGCGGGAGACAGGAUCGCCCUGAUCAGAGAGAUGAUGCUCAAGCCCCUGAACAGAAUGAAACUCUAAUGAAGACUUCUAAUGGGACAAUCCAAUAAGACUGAGGCUGCUAAUACAACUGUUACAUUAUUAUUAUUAUUAUUAUAUUAUUGAAAGGGAAAAUUAAGAGAAGACUGGAAAUUAGAGAAGAGCAUCAUCAGAAAUUCUCAUUGUUCACAGAAACAGGUCACAAUAGUAAGGUUUCAGUGUCAUUAAUGGUGAUUUUACUUUAGCAUCUUGACAACACUAUUUACACACUACUCAAACAACACUACUACAGCAUUACUCUAAACUGAUGUUUUCAGAGGGAUCACUGAGAAACAUUUCACUGAAACUUUGUGAUUUAGUUAGCAAGCCUUUGUGGUUAAAGAAGUCAAGUCUGCUUUAUUGUCAAUUCUACAACAUGUACAGUACAUACAGAGAAUUGAAUGUUUGUUACUCUCAAACCCUUGGUGCAUAUAGAUAACACUACUGAGGUUCAGAGUUCAGUGGUGCAUGGGGAACUAGAGGAGAGGUUUGGGAGGGAGUUCAUCUUCCUGUCAGUCUGAUGAAUGAAGCUGUCCUUCAGUCUGCUGGUCCUGGUCUGGAGACUGCAGUCUCCUCGCUGUGUCAGCAGACUGAAUGGAUUAAUUAAAUCUCACUAUUAUAUGCACAAUCAACACUUUGAAACUCAGGGACUGAAACGUUUUAACCCUGUUAACCCUGCCAUGUACAAUAAUAGUGAGAAAAAAAAUGUAUGCCCUUCUCUGUCAGCCGCGCUGCAGGGAUGCACUGUUUUGUUCAAAUCAAGGCAUUCAAGGUGAAGCUUCAUAUUUCACAUUGUUUCUUCAUCUGUGUCUCUUUCAGUUGAAAUAUGAAGCUUGUUCAGCUGGGCUGUUUGUACAGUAUUAUUUCUAACAUGUAAUUGUGUUUUGUUGGUGUGUUUGUAGAAUAAUGUCACUAAAUAGAAAUGAUCACCUGCUGUGGCCUAAUGGUUAGAGAGCCGAACUUGUUACCAGAAGUUUAACUCUCGGUGCUAGCAAGAGUUGUAGGUGGAGGGAGUGAAUGAACAGUGCUCUCUUCCACCCUCAAUACUCAUGACUGAAGUGCCCUUGAGCAUGGCAUUGAACCCCCAGUUCCUCCCUGGGUGCUGGAUCUAUAUCUGCCCACUGCUCCAGGUGUGUGUGUGUGUGUGUGUGUG